AUGAGUCACGUGGUUGGUGUCUACUAUUCCAAUUGGUCUGUUUACGACAGCAAACACAAUCCUCAGGACUUACUGCCAUCAAUUAAUCAUGUUUUCUACGCUUUUCUCAAACCCGACAUCAAAACUGGAAAUGUCAAACUAACAGAUGAAUGGGCAGAUACACAGAUGUCUGUUGGCGGUGCUGCAGGUGCAAUUGCAGCGCUGAUGCUGCUCAAAUCGAGAAACCCAGAAUUGAAGGUGAUAGCCUCAAUUGGGGGCUGGGGGACCAAUGCCGAAUUUCAGGAAGUCACUGCCAACACCGAGAAACGCAGCAAUUUUGUCAAUUCGACAAUUGAUCUUGUGCGUCGGUUUGGGUUCGAUGGAGUCGAUAUUGAUUGGGAGUUUCCUGCCAACACAACAGAAGCACACCAAUUAGUCGAAUUGUUGAAGCUGCUCCGCACAACUUUGAGCUACAUCAACGAAGCUCUUACUCUCUCGGUGGCGGUACCUGCGGGCCAGGAUACCGUGGAUGUGCUUAAUAUUCCUGCCAUGGAUCAGUACUUGACUUUCUGGAAUAUCAUGUGUUACGAUUUCGUCGGAGACAAAUGGUCUAAUACAGUCGGGUAUCAUUCCAACUUGUACGGUUUCAACGGCUCCAAUGCGCUCAAUGCGGACCUGGCGCUUCGUUUGUAUGCGCUGCGUGGAGCUUCCACCCACAAAUUACUCUUAGGCAUGCCAGCUUACGGGCGGUGUUUCUUGCAGCCUCAGCUGCCAGAAGUUGGAAGCGUAUUCAACGCAAAAUUCCCUGAGGGUAAAGACACUGUUGACUUCAAUCGCAUAGAUAGAAGCACCGAGAUCUUCGAUGGCGAGCGCGUAGCUGCUAUCGCAUAUGAUCACCAACAGAAUAUCAUUGUCACGUAUGACAACGAGCAGAGCGCAUCUAUCAAGGCCAUGUAUGUCCGGGACAACGGGUUGGCUGGUGGAUUCUGGUGGGACUCAAAGGGAGAUGCACCCAACUAUGGCUUGAUAAACUCGUUUGCAGACACACUCAGAUCGUAG